AUGGCACAUCUACUGCGCGGCAAGCAAGCAGGUGUCAGCAACGAUCUCUCUCACGGCCUUGGACCUGAUCUCCUCAUACUCGACCACAUCCGCAACUACGGCAUAAACUCCAAGAUCACACAAGUCGCAUACGACCCUGUACAGUCUCUUAUUGCCGUCGGCACUGCUGAGAGUCAGUUUGGCAAUGGCCAAAUCUAUGUCUUUGGGCAGAAGCGCGUUGAAGUGGUGCUGUCUCUGCCGCAUCGAGCUUCGGUCAAGAUCCUGCAGUUCUGCGCCGAGAAACUGCUUUGCGUCGACUCGAAGAACGACCUCGCUGUAUUCUCGCUCGAAACAAAGACGCUUGUGAACGCGCACUCGCCGCCCGCCAAGAUCACCGCCUUGCACAGCGACCCCACCAUCGACUAUGCUCUGCUAGGCACCCAACAUGGAGAUGUCUUCGCGUACGACCUAGACCGUCAGUGUCUGACGCCCUUCAGGAUCCCGAAUCUCUGGCGAGAGCAGUUCCCACGGUCGCGCUUGACAGCUGUCGUCACACUGUCGCUGCAUCCUCGAGACAUUGGCUCUCUGUUGAUCGGGUACAAUUGUGGCGCAGUCAUAUACUCGUUCAAGCAGAACAAGGCGCUCAAAUUCUUCAACUACAUACUGCCAAAGGGCGCACCCGGAGGUGACUCAGAUCCCAGUGCUAUCUACAAGGAUCGCGAACCACCACUCACACAAGCUGUCUGGCACCCCACAGGAACCUUCAUUCUGACCGGUCACGAAGACAGCAGUAUUGUCAUCUGGGAUCCGAAAGACGGUCGAAUCGUCCAGGCUAGGACCGUGCAGGAUGUCAACGUAGACAAGCCGGGGCCUGGAAACUUCAGUCCAGGUGUAGGAGAGGGCGCAUUUGCUCUGAAGUCACCCAUCUUCAAGAUCGCCUGGUGCCCGAAUCAGGAUCCGGAUGAAACCGGUAUUCUGAUCGCGGGCGGUCAGCCCUCAAAUAUCUCAGCGAAGAGCCUAACAUUCUUCGAGCUGGGACGCACGCCCAUCUACAACACCUCAUCAUGGCAGGUGCUCUCUGAUCACUUCGAGAAUCCCAAGAGGCAGCGCAUACUACCAUGUCCUCCCGGUGCGGAAGUCAUCGACCUAUGCUUGAUCCCUCGUUCGUCCCCUCACUUUGGCGGCUGUCAGGAUCCUAUCGCUGUCAUUGCGAUACUGGCAUCUGGAGAGCUCGUGACGCUGUCCUUCCCUAGCGGCAUGCCAAUAACCCCGACGAACCAACUGCACUUGUCAAUGACGCUUGUACACCCAUACAUCAACCACGCAAGCAUGGCGCCCGUAGAUCGUACAAGGUGGCUUGGCAUGACUGAGAAGCGGCAGCAUGGGCCGAAACUCCUCACCGGUGGAGCUGAAGCGAACCUGCCCCUUAAGAGGUUCGAGCACCGCAACAUUGUGCAGACUGCCCAUGCAGAUGGUACAGUCAGGCUCUGGGAUGCAGGGCAUGCAGACGAGAUUGAGAACGAUGGUCUGUUGCAGGUUGACGUUGCGCGGGCAGUGGGGCGACAAGAUAAUGUCGAUGUCACCCAAACUUCCUUUGCUGGUGCGGCUUCUGAGCUGUCAGUAGGCCUGAAAUCCGGCGAGGUUGCCAUCUUCAGGUGGAAUAUCAACAAGCACCCUGGUCAAGAAUUCUCACCUGGCGAGAACAAGCCACAAGCGCUCACCAACAUCUUCGACAGAUGUGAGGCCGCGCUGCAAGAAGGCUUAUUACCGUUCAUGCUCUUGGAUGAAGGCAAUGGCCCAGUCACAGCUUUGAAGCACUCCGACGUUGGCUUUGUCGCUGUAGGCUUCGAAGGAGGAAAUUUGGUAAUCAUUGAUCUGCGAGGACCCGCUGUCAUCUUCAGAGGCUCUGCCCAAGACUUCAAAUCGGAUAAACGCGGCAGCUUCCGUCGAUCAUCGAAAGAGGCUGCGCCAAAGCCUGAGUGGCCGACUUGUCUUGAAUUCAGCGUCAUGACUUUGGAUAAUGAGGAAUUCUCUAGCGUCUUACUCCAUGUCGGCACUAAUUUAGGCCAUCUGGCGACAUUCAAACUUUUGCCAGAGUCAAAUGGCCGAUACGCUGCAAACUUCGCAGGUGUGUGCUCGCUGGAUGACAAGGUCAUCAGGAUCAGCCCUAUGCAUGCUGAGUCCGGGCGCCCUGCAUAUGCAUCACAGUCAGCUGUCGCUGGAUUGAGGACUGGAUCAAGAAUCAAUGGUGUUCUGCUCGCAGUUACAGUCUCCGGUGCAAGACUGUUCCGCCCUGCCACCAACAAGGGUGCGCAUAAGACAUGGGACCAGUUCCUCUGCGAUUCCGCCGCCGUCGUGCGGUACGAAGAUCUAGGCUACGCAUUACUUGGACUUUACGGCGACGGCUGCGCAAGGGCGUACUCGAUUCCAGCAUUGAAAGAGAUCGGUGCCGUCAAGGUCAGCGAUGUUCUAGAUGUGCGAAGGUUCUCUGAUGCUGUGAUUACUAGCACUGGCGACAUCUUCGGUUGGAAGGGACCCGCCGAGAUGGUCCUGGUCAACAUUUUCGGUACAGGGGUGCGCCUCGAAAUGAGCAGAGACACACUUCUGAACCCAGAGCUUCUCAUACCCGCAAGACCGACGAUAAGCAAUAUGCAAUGGAUCUCUGGCACUCAAUAUGUCACGCCAGCGGACAUGGAUCUUCUGAUUGGUGGCCCUGAUCGCCCUCCCUCUAAGCGCAUGCUCGCCCAAGCUCGCGCUGAAGAAGAACUAGAACGUCGUGCGAACCGUGCUGCCGCUGGGCCUUCCUCCUCGUCUUCUGCAUAUCCAUCUUACCCCACGCAAAUGGCCCCUACGCAAGAGGGUUGGGGCGCAUGGGCUUCUAGACAGUUCAAUGAACGCACGGAGAAGCUCAACGCGGUGGGCGACAGCAUGGACAAUUUAAGCCAAAACAGCGCCGGGUGGGCAGACGAUGUGAACAAGUUUGUGAACAAACAAAAGAGGGGCCUUGUCACAGGCAUGGUGAAGAGUAAGUUUGGCUUUUAG